AUGGCCACCGACCUGGACCAACUCGUCGACAUGGGCUUCGACCGGCAAAAGUCCCAGAUUGCCCUCAAAAAAGGCGGAAACCUGACCGGCGCCAUCGACUGGCUCGACAAGAACGCCGACAAAUCACUCGAAGAGCUGCAAGAAGAGGAAUCCACCGCCGACACCUCCGCCAAGCUCGAGGCCAGCAUGGAAGCGCGCAGCUUUGUGUGCAAUGACUGCGGCAAGAAGUUCCGCGGGAUGGCGCAAGCGCAGUUCCACGCAGAGAAGAGCGGGCACGAUGAUUUUGCCGAAUCGACAGAAGAGCUUGCACCGUUGACGGAGGAGGAGAAAAAGGCAAAGUUGGCGGAGAUGCGGGAACGACUGGUAGCGAAGCGGGCAGCGCAGGCAGAGGAGGAUCAAAAGGCGAACAAGCGGAAUGAGGAGAUCAAGAAGAAGCACACCAAAGAGACGGAAGAUCUCAAGGAGGAGCUGGCGCGGAAGGAGCAGAUUAAAGACGCGCAGCGCAAGAAGCAGGAGAAGAUUGAUGACAUUGCAGCGAAGAAGCGCAUCAAGGAGAAGAUCGAGGCCGACAAGGCGGAACGCCGGAGGAAGGCAGAGGAGGAAAAAGCGAUGCGUGACAACCCCGAAGCCUUCAACCCCGGCGCUCCUACUGCGGCACCGGGUGGUGCAGCGACGGUGGCAGCGGCAGCACCGGCGAAAGUCACAGCGAACCACUCCGAAGCCAGAUUACGUCUACAAACACCAAGUGGCAACGUCAUGAAGAAUUUCCCCGCCGAGACUACACUAUUCGAAGUGGCACACGCACUGGAGCAAGAGAGUGGGAUCCAGGCCAGUUCAUUCACGCAAAACUUCCCAAAGAAGAUCUUUGAUCAGGACGACUUUGGCAUGACUCUCAAGGAGGCCGGUCUGGUGCCUAGCGCCGCGUUGAUUGUUCGGUAG